CGCUAUCCUUCUUCUCCUUCUUCUCCAUUUGCGGAGGUGCUCAUCAAUGGCGUCCCAGCUUCUCUUUCUUCCUCAUGUCGCGCUCCUUCCUAAAUUCUCACCCUUUUAUCCAUCCCUCUUCGCAAGACAAAAACUUACUCUCUUUCACUCUACUACGAGAGCUAUCAAAUCUUCCUCCAAUUCUCGGAUUACUAUUAACCUCCAAGCCGUCGCCGACGCUUGUUCUGAAAUCGAAAGCAACGGUGUCACUGAAACGACUGAUUUGACACUACGAAACAUCUGCGAAGGUUUUGUGCCGGAGCAUAUAAUACACAGAAUGGAGGAGAUUGGGUUUGUCUUUCCAACGAAUAUUCAAAGAGAAGCUCUGCCUACUCUGUUUACGGGCCGUGAUUGCAUCCUCCACGCCCAAACAGGUUCAGGCAAGACAUUGACUUACCUGUUACUUAUAUUCUCUCUUAUAAACCCUCAACGAUCUUCUGUGCAAGCUGUAAUUGUUGUUCCCACUCGGGAGCUCGGCAUGCAAGUUACAAAAGUUGCUCGAAUGUUGGCUGCGAAAUCUACGGAUAUUGAGGUCAAAGGAUGUACAGUCAUGGCUCUCUUAGAUGGAGGGAUGCUAAGAAGGCACAAAAGCUGGCUAAAGGCUGAGCCACCAGCAAUUGUAGUCGCUACGGUAGCGAGUUUGUGCCACAUGCUAGAAAAGCACAUAUUGAGACUUGACUCGGUGAGAGUUCUUGUUGUAGAUGAGGUUGAUUUCUUAUUCUACUCAUCAAAACAAGUCGGUUCUGUGCGAAAGCUUCUGACAACAUUUUCUUCAUGCGAUAAACGUCAGACAGUUUUUGCCAGUGCUUCCAUUCCCCAGCAUAAACAUUUUGUGCAUGACUGUAUACAGCAAAAGUGGACAAAGAGGGAUGUUGUUCAUAUUCAUGUUAGCGCAAUCAUGCCCAUGCCUUUGUGCCUUCUUCACAGAUUUGUAGUGUGUGGGAAGAAAAACAAGCACCAAAUACUGCUUGCCUUGUUGAAGUCUGAUGCACCUGAAUCAGCUAUCAUUUUUGCCGGGGAGCAGUCCGAGAAGUCAAAAAAGGCUGGAAAUGAUCCAUCUACAACUCUACUUAUUGAAUUCCUCAAAGCUUCAUAUGAUGGCUUGCUGGAGAUCCUCCUACUAGAGGAAGACAUGAAUUUCAAUUCACGAGCAGCUUCACUAACAGAAAUCCGGCAAGGAGGAGGGUUUCUUCUUGUUUCUACUGAUAUUGCAGCAAGAGGGAUUGAUCUACCGGAAACAACUCAUAUCUUCAACUUUGAUCUCCCACAAACGGCUACAGAUUACCUGCACCGAGCUGGAAGAGCUGGUCGAAAACCCUUUUCGGACAGGAAGUGCAUUGUCACCAAUCUGAUUACUUCGGAGGAAAGAUUUGUCUUGCAAAAGUUCGAAAAUGAACUAAUGUUCAGCUGCGAGGAACUGAUUUUGUAGGUACAGUAUUAAUUUUCGAUGUACAUAAAACUCUGCAUCUUUGCCUUUUCUCCAUUUUUUUUCAUAACCGCCAAUACAGGUGAGUCAAAACGCCAUCAGCUUAAUGCAACUUAUCAAUAACA